AGACGACAAGAGAGGAACAAGACUUGGCUGGCCUGAGAAGGACGACACCCUGAUACCGAGUACAAUACAAACAACAGUCGCAUGAUUUCUCUCUCAUUCUCCUCACCGUCCGUGUCCAUCUUCCCACAUUGAUGAAUUGGGAUCAGAACCCACACGCGAAGCACUCCCCUUUGUUCCACUACGAGAACCACUACAAACCACCAACCUCCUUUUCGAUCAUUUUCCCCCCUAUUCCUACUUCACCCUCAACAAAUUUCCUCCUGCAUGGGACCGAGGGGCGGUACGGAGUCUUCCUAGCACCUUCACAGAGUAGUCGACUGUCACCAUGACAAAGCUGCAGAAGCAGCCUCCACCAGCAUACCCUGUCCGCCCAACAUCCACGUCCACUACUACCACGUCUACCGCGCAUUUGCAGGGAGCCGUACCAUACGAGAACUUGCCUCAAUCGACGCAACAACCCGUGUCCGUCAUGACUGCUGUGACACCUAGUUCUUACAAUGAUCUGCCUUCCACAAACCCUUUCUCUCCCAACUUCGCUACUCAAUCCGCCGCACACGAUGCAGACCAACAAGCCCAAUUUUCACCCAUCUCCCCUUUGAUCGAGACACCGACUGUCCAACGACUGUCCCAGGCAUCGAUCGCUGCUCCCACGCCACAGAGACCAGAUGCGAUCCAAAGACGCUCCGUAGGCCUACAUCGCCUCGAUGGCAAGCCCUACCCAGGCUCGACUCCGGCGGAGAAAUUUGCAAAGCCUGUCAGGGUGGCCAAGGACAUGCACGAUGGUGCCCUGCCUCCAGUAUACAAUCCGCAAGACUCUGAUUUGGUGAAAUCCGCCGAAGUUGCACAGGAUUCGGCGUGCAGGCAUUGUGGGAAGAGAUGCCCUCAAGGACAGGAAUGUUCCCAUUGUGGGAAGCGCAAGGCCAGUGUCCCUGCGACAAAUUCCACGACACCUCCUGUGAGUCAGCACACGCGCACAACUUCGGAGGGAGUGGACUCUCAGAGAUCGCGAAUUUCAGAAACCACAACCGCAGGGCCGUCGAGUUCGCCCGGAUCCUCUCCAGGGGGUAAAAGGUGCUGCAACAGAUGCGGUCGCUACAAACGCCCAGGGUCAAUCGAUCACACCCCACCGAGCCAUGUUCAUACUGCCACCCAACCUAUGCCCAUGGCUAGCCAUCCAGCCAUGCGCGUUCAUCAGGCAGGUUUGUCUAUUCGGCCCGGUACGACAGGCCUUCGGACUUCUGUUUACCCUCAAAUCGACGUAAUUCCACCUUCGACGACAACCUACAAGCCAGCAGUGCAGUUCCCAUCGUCUGGCUACGGAGAUGAGUCCCCUCUUGUCGAGAGAGCCGUCCAACCCCAAGCCAAGCCAUCUCGACAUUCGUCUCUCAUUCGGUCAUUGUCUCGCAGAUUGAGCAGGAAGGACAGGAAGAAAGCCACUCCUCCACAAUCACCAUUGCCGAGUCAACAAGUCGCCACGGGUGGGAACCAGUCUGGUGAGCAAAGUGCGGGACGGUUGAUCAACAUGAUCAGCACUGCGAUGCAAGGCCCCCUCGCCGACCGCGACAAGCAGUACUCGCGACUCAAGCCAGGCGAACAGCCUGAUCGCCCGACCACACCCUUCUCGUUCGUCGGGGGCAAAGACGAACAAGACGCCUUUGAAAUGGUCCACGUUCGGGAUCGAGAGUCUCUUUCUGACAGUGACAGUUGGAAAGAGGGUGUGGAUGAACAGAUCACAAUCACAAAACCAGACGGAGAUAUCAUCCCACAAGACACGAUCGAUGUCAUCUCCAGACCCAAGUCGGCCGAACCAUUCAGCCAACACUUGGCUGUACCCGAUGCCGAAAGACCUCAGAUCACAAGAUUUAAGAGCCUCAGAAGUGGUGUUUCGAGGAUGAAUAGCAACAUCAGCCGAUCAACCAGUUUGAAGAGAUUGGGUAGUUUGAAGACGGCUCAUCAUGCAUGGUACAGAGACGAUAUGGCUAUUGAAGGCGCUGCUGGUAGCGAGCAUGCGGUUCCUGCUUUUUGAUUUUUGAUUUUUGUCGAUUUAAUGUUUAAUAUUUCACGUAUCGGAGUACUCUGGUAGCGCCGGCGAAGAUGGGAAGGAUUAUGAUCAAUUUACGAUACCAUUUCAUUACUUUUACCUAGCAAUUUCA